AACCAGCUGAAAGGAAACCAGUCCCACAGUUACAACUUACAUCAAAAAUAAUUGGCUCACUACGCUAAAUGUCAUGUUUAGCUGAUUGAAAGCCCAUAAAUGUGGCCCAUAAAAAGCUAGUAAAUGAACUCUGAAAUCAGAUACGAGUAAAGUGAACUCUUUCCACGUGUAUAAAUGAUUACAAAAAUUUUAAGUAGACAGACAGUAGACAAUUAAUGAUAUUUUAUGAAAUUUUAAAAGUCAAAUCGAUGUCAAGUUUGAAUAAAUAUGGAUACAGUAUCACCUUCAAACCAUUAUAAAAGUAAAUGUUCUAAUUAGUAUAUUUUUUUUUAUAAUUAAUAUCAAGGUAGUAUAUUUUUUUAUAAUGAAUAUCAAGGUAGUAUAUUUUUUUAUAAUUAAUAUCAAGGUAGUAUGUUUAUUUAUAUUUAAUAUAAAGGUAGUAUAUUUUUUUAUAAUUAAUAUCAAGGUAGUAUAUUUUUUUUAGAAUUAAUUUCAAGGACGUGAUUUAGCAACCAUGUAUUUGAGAACAAUGUUUCCCUGCUUAGUUUCCAUUAUGACGCUCUGCGAUGACUGUUUGUUUGAGCCUGCCCGAAAUGGGCACAUUAACGGACAGAUUGUCGGCUCGUUAGGUUUGAUUGGCUUCUGGCCAACAGCGAUCAGAAAUCCGCAAUAUGGCCAAAAUGCUGCUGUGUAAGCUGCUGUUGUCAUUAGUUGUCCACAAGCGAGAUGUCAAAUGGCAAGUGAUUUGUGGGACAAUCUGGCCGGUGCGGCAAGUGAAUCGAAGAUGGAACUUGCAACCAAACUCUGAUCAAUGGCUAACUGGCUGCUUAUUCCCCGAAGAGCACUUCGCAAUUAGCUUUACAUAACCUGACCCACUCAAGACGCAUUCGUGACCAAGGAAAGUCAGUUGGGUACAACAAAGUCGUGUGGCAGCCGACCAUCAAAAGUGAUAGCUGAGAAAGUGUGAGGCUCCAGAAUAAUUUGGCCUUAAAUGAAUCCAGGCCAUAGUAGUCACGCCCAAAACGCCGCAACCUGGAGCUUAUAUAAAAACCAUAUCACUUGCGAUUCAAUCAGUCAGUUAUUGGUCAAAAUGUCAACCAAGCGGAUCAUAGCCCUUUUUGGAUUGUUAACUAUCCACCAGAGCCACGCGGAUGUGUCGCACUUCUUUGCUUCGCCAUUGGAACACUACGGCAACCAUCUGCAUGGCCAAACGCCUUUCCAGGUGGCACUAUCGCCUCCGAACCUAUAUGGUCCCCCGUCUGCUGCUCCCAUAGCUCCUGCCCCAGUGGCGCCUGUGGCUCCUGUGGCCACCACCGAAUUCAGUCUGCCGGAGAUCAUCGAGAACCGCAGUGCAAAGAUUCAGGGAGCCGGACAUGGCAACUUUAUACCUCUGAGUCAGCACUACCUACCGCCGGCUGUGGAUGAGCGGCCCAACUAUGAAAGUCCCAAACCAAGCGAGGAAACUUAUCCAGCUUACUACUAUCCGCAACCUGGAGGCAGCAUCAUUACCACCUCCACACCAACCACUGCCACCACUUCGAGACCCAUCAUUGUACAAGAUGCUGGAGAGGAUGUGGAGACGAUACACUCGCCAGGCUACGACUAUCAUGCCCCAGUGGCUGUUCCGGUUUUCCCCCAGCAGCCUGCUUCCACUCCUGCUCCAGUUUACCUGCCACCCGGUGAUGGAAACCAGGACCAAAAUCACCUAAGACUCCGGCUGAAGGACAUGCGUUGCCUUUCGGCGGGCUACUUUCGGGCUGUUCUCAAGUUGGACAGCUUUUUGGGAGCAGUGCCCACUGUGGACCAGGACAACGAUGAUCAGCUGGACAAACGCUGCGAACUGCGGCUGUCUCGAAGUUUUCUGCUCUUGGACAUUUCCGGCGAGAAUUUCGAGCGUUGUGGUGUGAGAACCUGUGGCCAGGAUCUUUGCCUGCGUCUGCGAUUCCCCGCCAUCAGAGGAUUGAGAACCAGUGGCGAUUCGAUCCUUACCCUACACUGCAAGGCUCAAGAGCGGGUGGCUGUGAAAACGCAUGCCCUGAAAAUGGGCGUGGCCAAUGAUGUCCAAGCCCGCAGUGGAGGUAGCUACGCCCAUGGAGGAGAUCAAAACGCCUUCCGCACCCACGUGGAGCUGUUGAGAAAAGGAAGCACUGGCUACACCCGUCACCUGGAAAGCAACGGCGCCGUCCAGUUGGGCGAAGAGCUCCUCCUGAGAGCACACGUUCUGGCCGGAGAUGGCUGGAACUACACCAAACUCAGUGACGUUCAGCUGCAGAGGAUUGCAACGGGAGGAGAGGUUCUCAACACGGUUCAGUUGGUCAGUUCGAGGGGCUGUCUAAAUCCCGCCAUGCAGACCAUCUGCGCCCAUCCACCCAUCUCGGAACCACCGCUCGGCCAGAGGCUGCACUUCAAGGCGGUCAUGUUCCCGGGCAUGCGAAGUGGUGAGGUUCUGGUCAUAGCCAUGCGCAUCACCGGCUGUUUGGAACGCGAGGAUUGCCUGGUGACGGCCCAAGAUUGUUUGCCAUCGGUGGGCCAACGGAGGCGACGGAAUGUCUCACACGGCAAUGGCACCGAAGUCUCGGAACUGUCGCAUCUCACCUUCCGGGUAAUAAUGCCCGGUGAAGAGGAUGUAUCUCUGGAGGAGCGGGAUAUUGGGAUGGGAGAUUCGGGGAUCAGAGCGACAUCCAAAUCACUAGCUCUCUUUGGCAGCUUGGGAUUUGUGGUGAUGCUGCUGGGUGUUGCUGUUGUGGCAUUGUAUAAAUUUGGAAAGUAGUUGAAUUUGGCUCAAAUUUGUACUAAUUAUAAAGCUAACAGUUGAACAAUGAUCCUAGGCUUUUAGUUUUAAAUCUAUUUUGCCAGUUGGAAACUUUCAUUUAUAAGUUAAACCAUAUAACCCUUUCACUCAUUCAUCUCUGAACCAUCAGAAGUAUUAAAAGCAGUCACAAAUCGCCAUCCAUGGCAAUCGUAUCUGUAUCUGAGGCGCCAAUCUGUAACUGACUUUUAUCUAUCUGGCUGCCAAGUAAAUUGACUGAUCGCCACUGCGGAAUGAACAGCGAGCCAAUGUUUGCCCAUUUCGAGAUUAAAACAGAAAUUAGCACUUAAUAAAAUGUAAUUUAUGUUCAUGUCGCCGCUGAUUGAGCGAGCCUGAGAAUAAAAUCAAAAAAAAAAAAAAAGAACUACAUUUUCAAAAGCUCGAGAAGCAAGUAAAUGACUGAUUUCCAAACUGCGCGCGCAAUUCGCAAAUUGCGAACUGCAAACUGCGAUUUAGUUAUGGCCAGAUAGUUAGAUAGUUGAAGCCAAAACCGAAAUUUUAUCACGUUUUCACGCUUCGAGCGCGGCUAAUGAAACCUCGUUCGCAGUCGAUUUUUGGCUUUGUUAUUUGGUGCAAUUUGUUGUCGGUUUUCGUAUACACUCGUAUGAUAAUCCAUCCAUCUGCUGGCCGACAGACAGUUUGCGCUUAAUGGGCAUGAAAAUCGCCGCCAAUUAGCCGUUGAUUUCAGCCACGUUUUACUCGAUGGGUGGUCAAAAGUCUAGAGUUACAAUUUAAUUACUCAUUCGGGGCUUCAGGAGAUGGAGAUACGAGUACGUUGGUAUUUCGGAUUGGUUGGUUUUGGUUUUAGCUUAAAUGUUUAAAUCAAAACAUAUAUUUUCUUCUUCCUUUGUGGAAAUAUAAAUGAUUAUUUAAAUGCUUUGAUGUGCGCUUUUUAAAUAUUUGCUAUGUUAUUUUAAAUAUUUAGUAUUCUAGUAUUCUUUAGUAUUCUGCUUAGGUUUUAAUUAGUUCUAGAAUAAAAACACUGCUUAGGUUUUAAUUAGUUCUAGAAUAAAAACACUGCUUAGGUUUUUUAAUUAGUUCUAGAAUAAGAACUCGCUGGAAAUAAUUUCACCUGUGUUUUUUAAGGAGUUUGUUGCACCUUACUCGUAUAAAAGCGAUCAUAAAAAUAUUCUAUAAUUACGUUCUAUUAACUGUGGUAAUUCCCAUAACGCUAGCUGGCCUUUUGCCAUUUUUUUUGUUGACCUAACCCAAGCGUAAGAGGCAUUCCCACAGCUGAGAUCAUCGACAGCUCGGCGAGAUGCCCCCAAUUGCAUCCCCAUCUCCACUUUUGGGGAAUGUGGCGCGAUGUUUUACAGGCUUUGCCUGCAAUGUUGGCUAAUUAAUAAUCCUGACACGUUUCGCCUCGAACACAAAUUGAAUUGGGGGCACAAUUGGGGGGGUGGGAGGUGGUAAUCUUGGGGGGGGAAUCUUGGCGCUUGCAGGCAAGGCUACUUUGUCUUUGUCGCCUAAAUGGCAGGCAAAAUGUUUGCCGAACAUAAAUUAAUGUUGUCCCCAGUUCGUGGCGCUUAAGUUCGUGUUCGAUUUGGCCGCAAUCCGUGUACUCCACUAUAUACUCCUCUUUAAAGUGAAGUUGCAGUGGAGCUCGCCAGUCGAACGCCACUCAUUUCUUUCGCCAAAAUGGCUGCAAUUUACACUCUUCAUUCAGCAUCCAAAUCGGAUAAGUAUGUGUGUGUCUGUGGACCUGGCCUAAACAAUUUUCAUGUCUGCUUAAAUUACCGACUACUUAGUGCCCAGUUUAGCAAUGCCUAAUAAAUAUUUAUGAGCGCACUUCAUUUUAGCCAAGUUUCAAUGGACAAGCAAAACGCAGUUCUAUGAAUGGGGAUGUCGAUGUUCGAUGUUCAUGACUGCAAUCGCCGAUUUCGCUGCUCAUUAAAGGAGUCGCAAACUCAAAAGGUACCGAAAGGUAGCAGUUCGAGUUAAUUAAAGCAUUAUGUCUGUUACUGAUGUAUCAAUAAAUAGCUAAUAUUUAAUCAGAAAAGGAAUAAGCAGCUCUCCAUUCAGCUUUAAUUUCAGAGAAAGUUUACGGAAAAGCGAGAAUUCGGAAAGAAAAUCUUGAGUCUCCAACUAAACUUCUAAAAGAUGAAGGGCAUAACAUGAAAAACAAUAAUUAAUUAAAAAGGUAUUUUUUAAAUAAAUUGACAACUUUGGAAUAAGAAGCUUAAAACCAAAUCUUGAAAUAUACAAAACGCAAGAUUAUACUUAUUUUUACUCGUAAAAUCUGCGGAUAUCUAUCUUUAUUUAUAUUUAUAAUUUCUAGGUGACGCUUUUCUUAACUUUUAUUCCUAUUUCAUUUAAUUCUUGAUAUGCCUGAUCUCAACUUUUGUACAUUUGUUUCUUUGGAUAUCUAUCUUUAUUUAUAUUUAUAAUUUCUGGGUGAAGCUUUACUUAACUUUUAUUCGAUUUAAUUUAAUUCUUGAUAUGCCUGAUCUCAACUUUUGUGUAUAGCUCAUCCAUUUAACAAGUUCUCGCUCAACGAUUCCACGUAAGUAUUGCAAAUUAAUUGGAUUACACAAGCUGUUAUUUAUUUAUGCACAACACCCAAUUGUUAAUGCUCUGCGAUUGGCCGGGUUGGCCACAAAAAAAAUAUAACUAAAUCAACAUCUCGGAGUCGGCGAGUUGCUCGCACUCAUUAGCAACUUUUAUUAGCCAAAAGUGUCAAAUGCUUUAUCUCGGUCUUGGAUUGGCCCAAACCGAGUUGCCUUUAAAGCAUUCGUUUGAUUUCAUUUCAUUUUUUGUUUUUUGCCAACUUUAUUGGCCGCUCGACUCGUUUUUUGUGCGUUUUGCUGCGUUUUUAGCAUUGUGGGCAUGUUAACAUUUGUGUUAUUGAUUUUUUACAACAUUUGACAGUUACGCAGACUCAGAUUGGAAUUUCGUAUAUCUUUUUGUAUUUUUUAGCUCGCUUUUGAGGCGAAUUCGGAGCGCAUGACAAGCGAUUUGGAGCAAUUUGACUUUCGACUGCCGAUUGGUUAAUCAAAUUUGAGUUCAUUAAAUUGCCAUUUUUACAUUUAAUUGCAUAUCUGAUCGCCGGACAGCAAUGACAGCGCAUAGUAAUACUAUAUCAUAAACGACACAUAAACUGCUUCAAAAUACUGUCAUUUAUUGGAGCCGCAAUCUUGCGGUUUUACUGCUUUUGCUGUACUAUUAUUAUUAUAUCUCUGUUUUUUGUUGUGUUUUGUGCUUAUUUUUGUGGUCACUCAGCUCGAAUGGAAAUGGGAAAUUAGCAGACGUUAAAACGCCUCUGUUUGACAUCGUUUGCAAUUGGAAAUUUACACCACCCUCAGGCGUCGUUACAGGUGGCAAACAUUGUUCAGUUCAUUAAUUGUUGAUUUUGCACUUUUUUCACUUUUUCACCCAUUCAGCCACCAAUGUGCGUCAUUCAAAUCGAACGUGAACAGCGUUAAAGCCAAGUUUUCAUGGGCCCAAAGGUGGGAGGGACGAGGGGCUACAGCUGCUUUUCGCCAGUUAAUUGCAUUUACUUCUAGAGACUUUGAUCCGAUCUUGUUCUACAUCCCUAAAACAUUUCUACAGAUACGAGUAUGUACUUUGGAAAUGGGUGUCGCAAUUGAGGAAAUGUUGUGGUUUUUAUGCAUAACAUAAAGCUACUUUUUAAAUGAAAUUAUUUAUAUUUAUUAUUUAUUUAUACAAUUUUUUUGUUCUAUUCUGAAAUUUAUUUACGAACUGUACGAAAUGUAUUGAUAUUUCUUAUAACGAAAACCAAACUGACCUUUAAGAUUUCAUUUGUUUUAUGACUAGAGUUCCAGCUUAAAUGAUUCGAUACACCCACAAAGUGUCACAUUUCCCAUCCAGAUCUUUGAGAUACAGCACCCCCAUAUGAACAUACGAGUAUGUACGUAUGUACAUAUAUUAUUAAUCUUUGCAUAAAAAUCGUAAAUAAUUUCCCCGAAUAGACCCGGCAAAUCAAAGUGUCCAACGCCUUUGUCAAUAAACAUUUGUCGUUCCACUAAUUGCCAACGUAUUUCGCUGCUCGUCGAGCAACAAACAAACAGAAAAGCAUUAAAAAACGAAAAGCAAAAAACAGAAAAAACUGAAAAAAAAAACCAAAUCAUUUAUGGCAAAGUCAAUUGCGCUAUUGCUAUCUCUUUCGGCGGUGUGGGUGGAAGCAUUACGAAGAUUAUCCAGCAAAAGCAACAACAACAAGUGCAACACACACGCACACAGAAAACAACGAAAUUUAAUUAAAUUAAAAUUGCUGUUGGCCUGUUUCUCCUUCAGCUGCUGCUUCUUUAUUCCGGUUAAAAGGGGCGUUCAACUCGAGUUAAAGGGUUUUAUUUUGCAAUUAUUGAUAUUUAUCCGUACCGCUUUUCACACUUAUUUAUGUUUACGUUUGCGGAGUGACCUUUAGCUGUUUAAAUUUUCUGUGUUUUGUCAUUAUUUGUAAUAUUCACAAUGGCUUGUAUUGUAUUGAAUUACACAUUUUUUAUUAUUCACUGGUGAUAUUUACCACCAUUAUUAUCACCAUUUCGAAAGCCUAAUGUAGAUUCUUAUAUUUGCUAUUUGAAGAAUAUUUAAAAUAAAUCAAUAAUGUGUAACAACUAAUUAUUGUACAUUUAUUUAGUAUUACCACUCCCCUUAUCACAUAUUUGGCUUAUCGCAUAUUUGGCAUCGGAUCGCAUUGAUACGGAUGUUUAUCUUUGAUUGUCGCGGAUGCGCCAUUUGUGCUGAUAGUGAUAAUGGGUCAUUUGUUAUUAUCUAUUUCAAUUUCAGUUUACGAUGAGCGAAUAAUAAGGCAGAACUGUUGGGGUUCCGGCUGUGCGGCAUGGAAAUUACAU